UCCGACGGUGCUUCUCUCUCCACUCUCAGUCCCGAGAGCGGAGUCAGAGAGGCGGGAGAGCGCACUCGAAGCUCGUACGCUCGUACGCUCGCUCGCUCGUUCGCUCGCUCGCGUUCCGCUUCGCGUUCGUUCCCCGACGUUUCGUUCGCGUUCCGUGCUCCUUCACGUUGACGACGCGACCGAGGGUGUUGUGGAAUCCGCGCUUCUCGGCAGCAUCCGCUGAGUACCAAAGUGCGUCGAAUGAUGCUCGCCCUUCGCGCUGUGCUAGGGGCGGACUGAUCUCAUCUUCGCGAGGGAAAGAUCGCUCUCGCGCGCAUGCUGCGCGUGUCUGCCUCCCGAUUUCUCGGUGCCGGAGCAUAGUGUUGUCGGCGCUCCCGCAAGGAUAUUCCAGCGGUAUCCUGUGAAGUGUCGAUUCGCGGCGGGGUGGUGCACGACGAAGAGAUGCGCGACGAGGGCAAGUCGGCAGCAUCCGGUUUUGUUUUCGCGGCGGAACCGCAGCUUCCUCGCGCGGCGGUGCUGCAUCGUCGACGCUGAAAUCCGCGUGUGCGCUUGUAGUCGGCACGCACGACGCGGUGGUAGUGGUGGUGGUGGUGGUGACGGUGGCGGUGGCGGUGGCGGUCCUCGAGCGCGGACUCUUUCGCGCGGAUGACAGCUGGACGUUUUCGCCGCGAGGGUGACAGUGAGAUCCUCGAGCUCAGUUGAGCUGAGAAGAGACGAGUCUCUCUCUUCGCCGAGAGUUCGAGAUCGUCGGUGAUAUCCGACGAGGACACUACUACUGUGCGAUACGGGUGGUGAUCGGUAGUGAUGCCGUGAUGGGCCGCGGCUCGAGAUCGUUCUUCCCGACCACGCUCCUCCUCGUGGCUGGAUUACUGUCGAUUGUGCUGCACGCCGAGAUAUCUUGCGCGACACGCUUAAGACAGCGCCCCGGACCUACGGAUUCUCCGAGAGGAGGCUCCGUGAACGAGGCUGGUGUUUUUGCGCUGCGAGGCAGGCAAGAGGGCAGCCGGCGUGCCAGACGUACCACCACCAGCACGACGAGCACAACGACGUCCAGCUCGACGUUGAUACCCUUACCUGACGAAGUAGUGCAACCCGCGGCCCUUUUGGCCCCUGAAGAGGAGUCAUGGUCUACCAGCUCUUCCACCACGGCCAACAUCGCUCUAUCCUCGGACAUGGCCGAUACGUCGUCCAAUCCGCCGCUGGAGCUUGUAGUGAAGCCUCAUAGUAAAGUCAUCUUACCCUGCGAACUGGAUGGGAAUUACUCGAGAUUACUGCUGCCAGCGGCGAGAAGUUACAGAAUACGACCGCCGACGUGGCUGCACGAGGGUAGUCCGGUGGAUAUGAUCACGAUAGACACGAGAACGGAAAUGAGCGGAACUGGGCAUCGAUACAUCGGUGAUUCGACAACCGCGGCGUUGCACAUAGACAACGUCAGAUUAGAAGACGACGGUGUGUGGGCCUGCACCCUGGAGAAUGACCAGGGGAAGAUCCUCUUUGGCAAACCGGUCAAGCUAGUCGUCCUCGAGGCACCUCGUGGGACGUAUCUGCUGAUAGAUGGCCGCCGGCUGGAUCCCGGAAACCAGUUUGUGCCGGUGAAGGAGGGCUCGGAGCUCACUCUCGAGUGCGCGGCCGAGGGUGGAAACCCACCGCCCGUCUUGGCGUGGGGCAUGACCCUGUCUCAAGCCACUUUAGACGGCCCGGAACAACCGCCAGACAACCUCACUGUGUUGCCCUCGACAUCCGGCAGGCGCAGCGGGGCUCACCUAAAGGUCUUGAGGGGACAUCACAACGCCACCAUCGUUUGUGUCGCGCGCCACAUUACGCUGAUGAUACCGAUGAACGCCAGUAUUCUGCUCGACGUCCAAUAUACUCCAUCGUUCGCGAUAACGCGUUUACCUGGUUUUGGAAUUCCGAUCGUCGAGGGGAUGUCUGUCAGCCUGAAAUGCGAGGUAGACAGCAAUCCAGCCAGUACUCCAAUUUGGCAGCGUGACAAUGGACCGCCGCCCGUGGAGCAGAGCGAUGACGGAUGGUUGAACUUCACAAAAAUCACUCGGGCCGAGAGCGGCUGGUACAAGUGUUACACGCGGCAUAUGCUCGGCAUUUUCACCAGCAUCGGAUAUUUUCUCAAUGUUCGCUAUGAUCCAGAUAUGGAGACUGAGGCGGAAGCUUUGAACGGCGAGGCGACUGAUACCCGAAGAAUGGAGGUACAGAUUGGCGGUGCCGUGACCCUCGAGUGCGACGGCGGUUGUUGGGGCCACGGGCCUGGAAUGGAUCCGGUUGGUGGGCCCGGGCCCCUCGCCUUGAGCCGGGUGGUGUACCAGGAAGCCGGGGAGUAUCGAUGCGUUGCGCCUGAUCGGAAAAUGCAAGACACGUGGCGAGCUCAGUUACCCUAUCACAUCAAGGUUACCGGACCACCCAUGGUUCAUCCGUCGAGUCAAAUGGUGACGGCGAACGAGGGCGAGCCCCUGGACAUCAUCGUCGAGUUCUGCGCCCGGCCGAGCUACACGAAGGUUCUCUGGGCAUCGGAGAAGCAUGUGUAUACACCGGAUGCGCCCUCCCGCGACGGGGUUCAAGUCCUCGCAAUCGAGGACGGCGGCACGGAAUCGUGUUACAGGACGACUCUGCGUUUCGAGACGAUUCAGGCGUCCCACUCGGGAGAAUGGUUGCUGCUGAUCCGCUCGUCGGAAGGGACCACCGCCGCUUCCGUUCUACUCAACGUGACGCGCGCUUCCGGCUACAGCAGUGCCCACAUCCGAUCGGCGAGUAUCACGUACCUUCUGCUCUGCCUGACCCUGCAGGCGAUCUUGCGGGAACACCGUCGCUGAGGCGACCGCCCGAUGGAGAUUUAGGGGGAAGAAACUUUGGCAAAAUUCCUAGCGAUACGCGGAAAGGUUAGCAACGUCAGCUUUCCGAAUGAGCUUCCCCCAACGGGAGGAAGGGGGAAGCUUCUCUGUACAUAAUAUCGAAAUUCUUUCACCGAAAGAAUUUCCCCCGCGCGCGAUUCUCGCGUCAACGAGACGCACAAUUUGCCCGACGUGCCGCGGUGAACACGGAACACUCGUCACGUGUCACCGGCAUUGUACGGAAUACAAUGAAACACGAAUGAAAGCUCCGCCGGCGCGCCUUCGGCGCGGAUUAUUACGGCCUUGGUGUUCCUCCGUGGAGAGUCCUCUUGUUCCACUCCGGAACGCAAUUUUCAAAGACGCGUUUACGAAUUGUACGAUCGCGCGAGAGCGCUGCUACGGGACCGCUGCCGUCGUUGUCGUGCGAGAUCUUAGGCAAUUAAGUUCGCGCGUCCGCAUGCGAACGAGACCCCCGUGCGAUCGGAAUACGAUUAAAAUUCGAUUUCUCUGGCCUUAUAUGUGAGAAUAGCGGAGAGGAGAGGAGAGGAAGAGAGAAGGGAAAGGAGAAGAUCGCGCGGGCGACGGGAUACGUAUUUAUAUAGAGUGAAAAUCUGCAAGCUACGAAUCCGACAGUCGCGCGAUACGCUAUACGACACAUGUGUAUAUACUUGUAUAGAUAAUAAAUAAAUAAGCCGGUGUUUGCGAGUGUGGAACGGUGUUCCCGCGUGUAGGGAUAAGAACGAAACGGAGACCAAUUCUUUUUUCUUUUUUUUUCCCCCCACCCGUCCCUUUCUUUCUUGCCGCUCGCGAAUCUCUUGCACGGACGGACGAGACACGGCCGUUAAAUUGGUGGCAAACUCGGAUGGAUCGACUUUGUGUGCCGAAACUGUAAUCUAUUAACAUUGUGAAGCGAAUCCCCGCGACGCGCGAAUGCGCGACGAGCGAUACUGCCCAUAAUAAUAACGAAAUAAUAAGGCUCGCGGCCGCGGCGGAACGGUGCGACGCAAUAGAAUAGAAAGGUAAUUGCAGAUUUUAACGAGGGACAUGUGCGCACGCCCGCGGGGCACAAAAGCGCAUAGCCCGCGCCACCGGACGGGAGAGAAAACUUAAUUGUGCAACGUUAAAUAUUCCCAAAGCUAGGGCGUCUAAAACUAAAUUGUUGUAUAUUAUUUAGAAUAAGUAGAAUUUGAUAGUAUGUAUAUAGUGACUGUAAAUGCGUAGGCUAUCGUACGCCCGUACACGACGAAUUAUACAGUGACGCUGUUAGAGAUAUAUUUAUUAUUCGUUGAUAUAUUUUUAUAAAGUUUUAUUUAGCCAUAAGUUCUCGUUCGCGCCCCCCCCCCCUCCCUCCCGAAUCUCGUUCGCACGAUCACAAUGCUCGUUUCGUUGAGUGAGGAGCAGAGGAGCAAAGCGGCGGUUGUUGUGGCGCUUUGCGUCGAGAAACUUUUCAACGAGAAUCGUUACAAUAAAGUACACUAUGUCCUACGAACGUCCUAAAUUGAAUUUAGCUGUAGCUCAGUCGUGAGAAACACGGACAUUGUUGUCUUUUGCGAUACUUUAAUCUAUCCGAUUGAGAGCGGGACGCGUAGUGUGUUCCCCGUUCCAAUCCGCUUCUUUCGAGCAUCCUUAAGGUAACUUUUUUGUAAAUUUGGUGGUUCCUAAUUUUUGUAAAGAAAUAGACUUUGUACUCGGCUUACCGACGACUAAUACUAAUUCUCGUUGCCGGUACGUCUUACCCACGCGCGUGACCGCAGACGGUACUAUCUAUAGAUACGAAAUAAACAUACCUGAUGUCUUCACGUUAAUUUAGAUUUCGACGAACCCGAGUUUUCUUUUCAGAUCGCUAAGGUGUUACAAGUAAGCAACGUGGUGUAAUCGUUGUACCCAAUGAUGCCUAAGAGUCCAAUAAAUAAUAUUUACAAUAA